AUGCUGAGCCUUCUCUCCAGCCCUGAAGAUGAAGUGACUUUUGAUGAUGUGCAUGUGAAAUUCACUGAGGAAGAGUGGAAUUUGCUGGAUCCUUCCCAGAAGAGUCUCUACAAAAAUGUGAUGUUGGAAACCUACCUGAACCUCAAAGCUAUUGGCUAUAAUUGCGAAGAGCAUCAUCUUGAGGAACAUUUUCAAAAUAAUAGAAGUCAUGAAAGACAUAAAAGAGCACACAUGGGAAAGAAACCUUAUGAGUGCAAUCAAUGUGGUAAAUCCUUUGCACGGCACAGUCAUCUACAAAUUCAUAAAAGAUCACAUACUGGAGAGAAACCUUAUGAAUGUAAUCAAUGUGGUAAAGCCUUUGCAUGUCACAGUUAUCUCCGAUAUCAUAAAAGAACACAUACUGGAGAGAAACCAUAUGAAUGUAAUCAAUGUGGUAAAGCCUUUGCCUAUCACAAUGAUCUCCGAUAUCAUAAAAGAACACAUACUGGAGAGAAACCAUAUGAAUGUAAUCAAUGUGGUAAAGCCUUUGCAAGACCCAGUCAUCUCCAAAGACAUAAAAGAACACAUACUGGAGAGAAACCUUAUGAAUGUAAUCAAUGUGGUAAAGCCUUUGCACAGCACAGUCAUCUCCAAUAUCAUAAAAGAACACAUACUGGAGAGAAACCUUAUGCAUGUAAUCAAUGUGGUAAAGCCUUUGCACAGCGCAGUAAUCUCCAAUAUCAUAAAAGAACACAUACUGGAGAGAAACCUUAUGAAUGUAAACAAUGUGGUAAAGCCUUUACAAGACCCAGUUAUCUCCAGUAUCAUAAAAGAACACACACCGGACAGAAAACUAAUUAAUGUAAUCAAUGUGGUAAAGUGUUUUCACUAGGGAUAAGUCUCCAAAUUCUGUGUGCUGGAGAGAAACAUAAUGAAUAUGAUCAUGAAUUAAGUGGGAAUUAGGAGGGUAUCA